AUGCAACCUAAAUUACUGAUUCACUUGACAACAGUGCAAUAAUUAAGGAACAUUCUAUAUUAGAUGCCAAUUAACAUGAUCGAAAUGUUGUAUAUAAGGAUAACUGCUCAAUUAUGUCAUACAGCCUCCAAGAUCUAUGAGAACUAUAGUAUAUGUAGCCACAGGAAGGCAUGGCAUUCUAUUUAUGGUAAUUAUAGAUUUAAGCAUUAGCACAAGUCCCAACCAAAAAAAAUUACCCUAAGAGUUAGUUAGUUGAAGCUUCUGAGCAUUAAAUGUUAGUACUCAUCAAUCAGCAACUUUUAGGUUUUAAAUAUAUCCCUAUCUCCGUUUAGCUCCAAUGCAUCCAGUUAAAUUACCUUCACCCUCCUCAUUUGAAUCAAGAUCAGCGUCUUCAGGAGCUUUAGUAUAGCUGAUAUGA